AAAUAGAAUUGGCAAUGAAGGUGCAUCAGACUUAGGUUCUGCUUUGGCAAAUUGUAUUAAUCUCUCAAAUUUGACACUUAAUCUUGGUAGAAAUUAUAUUGGUGACAAAGGUGUAUCAGACUUAGGUUCUGGUUUAGCAAAUUGCAUUAAUCUCUCAAAUUUGACACUUAAUCUUGGUUAUUAUUAAAUUGGUUCAAAAGCUGCAUCAGGCUUAGGUUCUGCUUUAGCAAAGUGCAUUAAUCUCUCAAAUUUGAAACUUAACCUAUAUCAUAAUUCAAUUUAUGACGAAGGUGCAUCUGGCUUAGGUUCUGCUUUAGCAAAGUGCAUUAAUCUCUCAAAUUUGACACUUAACCUAUAUAGAAAUUAUAUUGGUGACAAAGGUGUAUCAGACUUAGGUUCUGGUUUAGCAAAUUGCAUUAAUCUCUCAAAUUUGACACUUAAUCUUGGAAGAAAUAGAAUUGGCAAUGAAGGUGCAUCAGACUUAGGUUCUGCUUUAGCAAAGUGCAUUAACCUCUCAAAUUUGAAACUUUACCUUUAAAGAAAUAAAAUUUGUGCAAAAGGUGCAUCAGGCUUAGGUUCUGCUUUAGCAAAUUGCAUUAAUAUCUCAAAUUUGACACUUGACCUUUAUGAAAAUUAAAUUGGUGACGAAGGUGCAUCAGGCUUAUGUUCUGGUUUAGCAAAUUGCAUUAAUCUCUCAAAUUUGAAACUUAACCUUUAUGAUAAUUAAAUUUGUGCAAAAGGUGCAUCAGGCUUAAGUUCUGCUUUAGCAAAGUGCAUUAAUCUCUCAAAUUUGACACUUGACCUUAGUAAUAAUUAAAUUGGUGCAGAAGUUGCAUCAGGCUUAAGUUCCGUUUUAGCAAAUUGCAGUAAUCUCUCAAAUUUGACACUUAAUAUUGGUUAAAAUUAAAUUGGUGACAAUGGUGCAUCAGGCUUAGGUUCUGCUUUAGCAAAGUGCAUUAAUCUCUAAAAUUUGACUCUUGAACUUGACAUAUAUUAGAUAGUCAGAGACCUGACUCAACCCCAAUUUUUUAGAGGAAUUACAGUAUAUGUGUAAAUUUAUUAUGGUGCAUCAGGCUUAGGUUCUGCUUUAGCAAAUUGCAUUAAUCUCUCAAAUUUGACACUUUACCUUAGUUGUAAUAAAAUUCAUGACAAAGGUGCAUCAGGUUUAGGUUCUGCUUUAGCAAAAAGCAUUAAUCUCUCAAAUUUGAAACUUUACCUUAGUUAAAAUUAAAUUGGUGACGAAGGUACAUCAGGCUUAAGUUCUGUUUUAGCAAAUUGCAAUAAUCUCUCAAAUUUGACACUUAAACUUAAUUCUAAUUAAAUUGGUGACGAAGGUGUAUCAGGCUUAGGUUCUGCUUUAGCAAAGUGCAUUAAUCUCUCAAAUUUGACACUUGAUCUUGCUUAUAAUUAAAUUGGUGCAAAAGGUGCAUCAGUCUUAAGUUUUGGUUUAGCAAAGUGCAUUAAUCUCUCAAAUUUGAAACUUUACCUUAGGUUUAAUUAAAUUGGUGACGAAGGUGUAUCAGGCUUAGGUUCUGCUUUAACAAAGUGCACUAAUCUCUCAAAUUUGAAACUUUACCUUAGUUAAAAUUAAAUUGGUGACAAUGGUGCAUUAGGUUUAGGUUCUGCUUUAGCAAAGUGCAUUAAUCUCUCAAAUUUGAAACUUUACCUUUGGUAAAAAUAGUUGAUUAGUUUUGGAUUGUGAUAUUUUAAACUAUAAAAAUGAAUAUAAAACAAAAAAGCUCUUUGAAUUUAUUUGAUAUCUUUAUUUAUUUUAUUUUUUUAUCUUUUUUAUUCCACUAAUAUUAUUUUAUUUAUUAAUAUAAAGAAUA